CCACUCACCGAACCUACCGCUCAUGCACGUGUCGUGGACCGUUCGAUUACAGAUUUUCCAAUCAAGCUCGCUAAGACUCCAGCUAGGAAGCCUCGCCCUCACCAGCAUGGAUUUUUACAUGGCCCAGCCAGCGCGACGUCACAACCCGGUGGACAGCAUCUGCCGCAAGUUGCAGACCAUUCAGUGGCGUGGUGAGCGGGAGCCAUAUUCCGCCUUCCAGAUCCCUAAGCUCUCCUCCAGCAGCUACGACAGCCCCCGGUGUGGCCUCAGGCACAACCUGGAAGCUAUCUUGAAGAAGGGCACCCGCCGCAAAGACGAAUGUGAGAGGCGGAAGGAGGAGGGGAUGCCGAGCUCUGGUCCUCCCCAGAAGAGCACCAUGGGUCCCUCGAUCCCACCUUCCGCUUUUUCCACCCCAGCAUGCAAUCCCCCCACACCAGCUAACAUCACAUACACAAUCACUAGCACAUUUGGAGAGAGGAGAAGUGCUGAUGACAGUGAUGUAAAACCAUUUAAAACCUGGCAGAGGUAUUGCUCCACUCCCACAGGCCAGUCCAAAGACUCCACGUACUUGAGACUCACACAUGGUGAGCCCCAAUCUGCGCCGUCAAGCAAGAGCCCUCCGCUCUCUCGUACCUUCACCCCAAGUCACAGCACUGUGUCCUACAACCUCAACUUCAGCUCUGCAGACACGGGGAACUCGACAGAGUUUGAGCUGCCCUAUGCAGCUCUGGUUGUGAAAAGACUGUCACUGGAAGAUGGAGGCAACACGCCGGUCUCCGACAGCAAGAACAUGGCAGAAAUCAGCCUCAUCUGUGAGGAGAAUUUGCUCGACACCAUCUUCCAUGCGUGUGACACUCAGCGCCGAGGUAAGGUGUAUGUGUCUCACAUUGUGGACUACUUGCGGCACACCACCAGUCGCAGCUCAGAGGACAGCGGACUGGAGGAGCUUUGCAACAUGCUGGACCCAGAACGCAAAGACGUCUCCAUCGACCUGGACACUUACCACGCUGUAAUGAGGGAGUGGAUUGAAGACUGCCGCAGCAACAGGGAUGAACCAGAAGAAGUCGUAACCCAGGACUCCAUCAAACUGAAAGACAGUCUUUCUGCCAAGAGGUCAAUGUUGCUUAACAUGACCUCUGGGAGCUUGGAGGGCUUUGGAGGGGAUGCAUCAAGAGCUGAAUUUGAAACAUCAGAGCUUGUAUACUGUGUUGCCGACCUCCAGAUGAGCAACCAAAAGCUCCAGGAGGAGGUAAAGAAGCUAAAACAGGUGGUGGAGGGCAUGGAGGAUAGUAACCAAAAGCUGGCAGAUGAGAACGUGGAGCUCCGCAACCAGGCUAGAGGUCACCAGCAGCUGGUUAACAAAGAGAAGAUGCUAAAAGAAGAAGUGGAAGAAAUGAAGGCCACUCUUAGCUGCACAGAGGAGGACAGAGCUCGCGCCUCCGCACACAGCAAACACGUGGAGAAAGAAAACCAAGGUCUGAUAGCCAAUAUUGCAUCGCUGCAAGAGGAGAACUUUAAAGUCACCAUGGAGAUGGACGAGCUUCAGAAGCGAAUAGCGGAGCUGUGUGACAUUAACGCUGACCUUCAGGUGCAGAUUCACUCUUUUGAUGCUGUCAUCUGUGAAAAGGAAGCUCGAAUGCAAGAGAAGAGCAGACAGGUAGAUGAGCUAAAGGCAGCAGUGGAAGAAUACUCCUCCAUCACAGAGCUGCUGAGGGCGGACAAGAGCAAACUGGAGAACCAGAUGCAGAUGAUUCAUCCAGACCUUGCUGGUGCAGGAGUGUCUCUUUCGGUAGCCUACAGGUUGAACCAGAGCCCUUCUGGAUCCCUGCAGACAGAACUGGCCCUGGCUCAGUCACCACUGGAGCUCAUCCAUGGGGUUGAUCAUUUAUCCACAAGUGUGAGCUUUGCCUCGCCUCUGGAUGAGACACUGGACAGGGAGGUGCUGCUGAUGAUGAAUGGACCCAGCCCCGAACACAUGGCAUUGGAGUUCAAGAAACUACUGAGCAGACUUAAGACAAAUUUCAGGAAAGACACCCGCACUGUUCUAUCCUCACUGAAAGCCUUACUGGAUGAGCACUUGCAGCCAGGGGGCGACACAGACGCCAGUCUUGAGGCAGUGCAGGCCGAGCUGGACGCGAGACGGGAAGACUGGGCCCUCAGCCUGGACCAGCUUGCUCAGUACACUGACUCAAUAGAGAAGGAGCUGAUCAAAAUGGCCAGUAAUAUGAGGAGAUCCCGCACUGAGAUACUGCACCUUUCCGUCAGGGUGCAGGAGCAGGAGAACCAGAAGCGACAGCUUUGCGAGGAGCUAGACCAGCUUAAGACCACUCAAGAUAGCAGAGAGGCCUCAUGCCAGACACCUGCACCAGAGGAAGAGCCUGGGGAAGACCUGGAAUGGGAUGAGGAAUACGCCCUUCAAGAUUUCCUGAAAAGCGAAAUACCAGCAAGCAACUGUCGAGCACAGGGUGAACCGAAGCAGAGCAAAGCUGACGAGACGGUGGGCAAGGUAGCAGAGCAAGGCGAAGAGGAUGACGGGGAGGAGAAGUGGAUGGUGGUGGACCGCACGGGUGAGGGAGAAGUGAGGGAUACGUCCACUCCUGUGUCUGCCGUCCAGAGUCCACUGGACGCAAGCCAAGAAGAUUCAGCCUGCACUCAGUCAGAGCCAGAGGUGAAACAUCAUUGUUUGCAGGACGAGGCAGCACCACCUUCGGACGCCCACUCACAAGCUGUCAGCCCCAAGCACCUAGAGGCGGAUGCCCUGCCUGAUCCGUCCCACUCAGAGAACCGUAAUGCAGAAACACAUGAGACUGCAUUGUCUCAGUCUGAAGACUCAGCCCAGAAUGUGAGCACCUCACCUGAUCAGGAUCCAGCCCUUCCACCUGGCAACAGCUCACACACUCCACAGAGUGCUAGCAUCCAGCUGACUGGUGAGGAGCACAAGGGGGAGGAGAAAGAGGACAUGAGCUGCGCAAAGAGCCUGAUCCUGGACCAGUCGACACCGAGGUCAGCAGCGGAGGACAUCACCAGCCUGCUUCCUGUGGUCGUUGAAGAAGAGGAGAGCGUGCAGGAGAGUAACACGGCAGCUCCGACUGAAGUGGUCAGCAUGGCAGGUCUUCCUCAAGGGACAGAGCAGCCCACCAGGGUCGGUGGCACCACCCUAACUGACACGGGCUGUCAGCAGCCAAGCUUGACACAGACCAGCCAAUCGGAGAGCAGCGUGGCCAGCAAGACCUCUGAUCAGUUAGAAAGCAAAAAGGACUCCCUCGCCCAUGACGGGAAGAAUAAGAAGCAACCGGAGCUGUCACAUGGCAUGGACACUACGGAAGCCCAAAAGGUGGGGGAGAACAAAAGGGAGACCCCUGCAACCUCUGAGAAAGAAUCUGAGGCUUCAACAAUCUCCGACCACGGGGAUGCGUGCAGAGCAGACAAUAACAGCCUUUCGCCCAAUGACAAAGAGAUUGAGACCGAGUUCCAGCGUCUAGCUUUGGGUUUCAAGUGCGACAUGUUUACCCUUGAAAAGAGGCUGCGCCUGGAAGAGAGGUCACGUGACCUGGCUGAGGAGAAUGUUCGCAGGGAGGUGUCCAGCUGCCAGGGCUUACUGCAGGCUCUUAUUCCUCUAUGUGAGGACGAUAACCAGUCAAUGGAGAUCAUCCACAGGCUACAGAAGAAUCUGGAUAUCCUCAUCCAGUCCAUGACACGUGUGUCAAGUCGCGCUGAGAUGCUUGGAGCCAUUCAUCAGGAGAGUCGCAUUGGCAAGGCCGUGGAGGUGAUGAUUCAGCACGUAGAGAACCUGAGAAGGGUGUACACCAAGGAGCACGCAGAGCUGUUGGAGCUGCGAGAAACGCUCAUGCAGAACGAGCGGUCGUUUGGAUCGCACACGGAAAGAGAUGAGUUCCGCGGCAAGAAGCCGUCAACAUCACAAUACUACAAGCAGUCAUCAACUCGGCGGGUUAGCAUAGCAGCAAUACCUCGCUCUGGUGGAAUCAACAUGCACUAUGAUGUGAGCAAACAGGAUGGUUCAGACAUGGAGGCAGAAAGACUGACCAGGAGAUCUCCAUGGAAUGUGGCAGGAAAGAACAUGGCACGCCCCCCACUUAAACGCUUUGUUAGCUCUGCCGCCUGGGUUGACACAGAAGAGCCCUCUGUCAUGAUGAAGGGGACGACGCGCAACAACUCUGACGCCCACUCGGCGGACGAGCCGCAGGAGCCCGUGGCAGAGAGGAGGAGGUCCAGUCUCAGUGAGCUGGGCAGCAAACUCACCUCCCUCAUUCUGCCGCUCAAGACGAGUCAGGAUGAGCUCUUUGUCAUGCUUCCAAGCUGUUCCUCCAGCCCGGCAUCUUCCGACCCAGGCCUAUCCCAGUCCCUGUCCCACACGUUGACUUCCUCCCGGGUGGCGUCGGCGGCCGCAGUGGCGCGGGGAAGCAGGGGGCUCUGGCUUUGGUUGGCGAUGGUGCUCGUGCUCGCAGGUCUCCUGGCGUUAUUGGCCAGUCUGGUGAUGCAGCCAGCAGUAGACGCAGCCCCUGUGGGCACCGGGGACUCCUGGAUGACCAUCCAGCAGCUUCUCUGGCCUUACACUGGCCUGCGGCAUAACGGACAACCCCCAGUCUAACCCCUUUUGGACCAGGGAGUGAAUAAUACUACGACUGUCAGCCUUCCGCGUAGAUUUGUCUGUGCCACACGGAGAAAAGACUGCUGGUGGUGCCUGAAGAUGCCUAAACGGUAUCAGUUGGGCUUUUGGGCCUGGUUAACACAAACGGAGGAUUUUUGUCCAUCGCGUUUGCUGAGGACAUGAGAUGGUUGCCCAACAUCCUUCAUGAUAAUGCAGUUUUCACUCAGUAUUUGCCUGCUUUUUGGAACCACCGUCCUUAAAAUUAGUUUCAUCAGAGCAUUGUCACAUUUAUUUUAGUGCAACAUCCUCUCAAUGUUACCAUGUGCCACACAACGGCUUCUUAAACCUAUGUCCUUUUUAUAACCUUUUAAGCUGAUAAACACUGGUAAUAAAAUAUUUUAUGUGUUUUUAAAUGUAUAUUUAUAACUACUUUUGGAGUGGGUGAUAUGUGAAUUUGAUUUUAUUAUAUAACACCAAAGGUUGUUUUUUUUGCUGUGGUUGUCACGACUUCAUACACUUUUAUAUGUUGCCAAGAAGAUGCUUUGCAUAAAUAAAGUAGCCGAUUCUACAGUAGAGGGUGUACUUUAUUUGGUUUGGCUUUAACAAAACAUGAGCGGUCUGGUGGCACAAAGCAGACUCUGCACAGCGUCCACAAAGAGAAAGCUGGACUCCUUGCUUCGACUUAUCCCUUCAGCGCUCACGUUGUCUUGCAGCAUGUGCAUGAAAGUGGAGUGAAACUCGCUGUCGGGAUGGUGGUCGGUGGAGAAAUCCUCGCUGCUCUCCGUUAUCUCCAGCUUCUGAAAUCUCUUAGCACCCAGGAGGUAGAGGCUCCACGAGUCAUCAGGCGCUGGAUCUGGACCCUGGUGCUCACACACCUGAGAUUGAAGCGGGUGACCUCAGUGUUACAUGAUAUCAUUUCCUUCCUCAUUUUUGUGUGGCCUCUGUGUAAAUGUCAAAGUUGCUUACUGUGUUCACAGCACAAACAUCAACCCCUUCUGUGACUGAUAACAUCUAAUUAAAGCCCUUAUCACGCCACAACGGAGACGAGAGAAAAGUGUUAGAAACACCUUCAUGAUGACAUGCUCGGCACCACACUGGGCAUUCCACUUGCUCCAUGAGAAGGCGCAGACAGAGGCAAAUAGGGACAUCUGUUCAUAGGCUGUGUGCUCUGUAAGAGGGUCCUGCAGGGCACAUUUUAUGUACACUAAUGAAAUAAGUAUUUCAUCCUCUUCUGAUUUUGUAAGUUUAUCUCUUUUAAAAAAGACAUGAGCUGUCCAGCAUUUGUCAGCUUUAUUUUAAAAGAGAAGCAAUAUCAACAAAAAGUUUAUACAGUAAAUGGAUUCAUAUUUGAUUAAGGUGGGGAUGUCCAAAGUGUGGCGCGGGGACCAUUUGUGGCUCGCAGUUUUGUUUUUGUUUUAUGUCAUGUUUUUAUAGAUUUUUUCUUCAUAUUCUGUCUCUUUUUUUAUUUAAGUAAACCUCCCAUAAAGUUAUGGCCAGUUCAUGUCUUUGUAAGGGGAUAAACUUUUGCACCGCAGUGUUGGAGAUGCAAACCUUUCCGCAGGAAUUAACAAACUUGUCGGUGUGCUCGUUCACAAACACGUUGAUGCCUGCCUUGAGCAUGGCCUGCUGCAGGUCAGGUCCACUCAUCCACUGGUCAAAGAGGUUGGCGAGGCCGACCUCUCGCUCCGACUGCAACAUGCAUUGGUUCCCCUGGACAACACACACGUGAAUAGCCUCAACUGACAUUCCAUGUUAUCCUCUCCGCUGCCCUCCCACCUUGAUGGUGAUGCUGAGGUCCAUGAGCGCCCCGUUGAUGCUGAAGAGAGCCGUGUCUUGUCCCAGCGGCCGCAGCUCCCAGCUCUGGAAGGGAAAGUUGGCGUAGGUUUGCUGCAUCAGCACAAAAGGGUAGAAGGAUUCCAUCUUGAAGGAUAUCUUGGCCUCCUCCUCGUUGUAAGAGAACUCGCUGAUACCGUCUGUCCUCCAGUGCUUCUCUGAGGAAGGAAGGCCCUGCAUUAUUUGGACAUUUAAGGCAUCCUUUGGUGGCAGAGGAUAUCUAUUUUUAAAUUCCUUAAAUUUGCCUAAAAUGACAUUAGUAUUUAGUAUUAGCAUUAGUAUUAUUAGUAUUUAGUAAAUAUUUUUCAGGCUGACAUGGUUUUAAUAUAUUCACUCAUUUAAAGUGGAAAAAUAUCAAAUAAUAUCAAUUAUUUUGGUUUUUUGGGAACCUUACAUU